UGAUAUUACAUACAGAUAGAUUGUAAUGUUUUAAAAUUUUAUGGCUAGCGUUACCACCAAGUGUGUUAUCAAGCCUCUAAAAAAAACAAUUUCAAUAAUUAGUUUUCAGCCAAAAUUCUCUACAUUCAGUCUUCAAUAUUCUAAUUCUAAAAGUAAUACGAGUAUAAAUGUAGGGAUUAGUUGCCGUUAUGGAGGAGGUAGUAGUUCACGUUUACAAGAUUCCAAACAGAAUAAUAAUUCUGAUGCUGCUGAUGAUCAAGCCCUUGAUGUCUCCUCUAUUAGGUCAAAUACUGUGAGACUAAUAGAUGAUCAGCAAAAUAUGGUUGGUAUUGUAUCCAAAAUUUCUGCUAUUCAGAUGGCUGAAGAUGCUGAACUUGACCUGGUUAUAUUGUCUCCAGAUGCUGAUCCCCCUGUUGUAAAGCUGAUGGAUUACAACAAAUAUAGAUAUGAGCAACAAAAGAAGAAGAAAGAGCAGCAGAAGAAAAAUGCAGCACUUCGCAUGGAUCAGAAGGAGCUCAAGAUGGGUUAUAACAUUGACGUGCACGAUUAUUCUGUGCGUUUGAGGGCUGCAAAGAAGUUUCUUAUAGACGGUGACAAGGUUAAAGUUAUAGUGAACCUAAAGGGUCGUGAAAAUGAGUUCAGAAAAAAGGCAAUUGAACUAUUGAAUCGUUUUCGCAAUGACAUUGGGGAGUUGGGCAUUGUGGAAAGCAAUAACUUAAGAGACAAGAACAUGUUCAUGGUAUUGAUUCCAAACAAGCUUGCUGUACAGAAAGAAUCACCAAAGAAAAAGGAAAAAUCAACCAGGAAAGAAGUUCCGGCUAGCAUAUAAGGACACCUAUCAAAUUGGGCGACUAUGUUAUUAAGGCACCUAAACGAGCUCCUAAUUAAUCUUCACUUUGUUCAUAAAGCAACACGUAUUUUGAAAUCUUGUAUAGUUCUUGUAUCAUAUGUUCAUCGGAAAAACUUCUUACUAUUGUUCAUAUCCCUAUACAAAACCGUUAAGUUCGUCA